AUUAUUUGCUUCUCUUUGUCUUUAUGGUGGAGGUUAGGAAAAACAUUUAAGGUAAAUAUUCUUGAUUCUCCUGUAAGAAAAAGAAAAAAAAACUCACAGAAAACAGAUUCCUUAAUGAGAGUAAUUUCAUUGCCACAUUUAACUUUUACAGCAAUUUUGCUUGCCAAGAACUCCUUGAAAUUUAUCUAGUGCUGACUAGAAUGAAUAUAAAGAAUGUGUGUCAUUAUUAUGCUAUAGGGAAGCUUGUUCCAAAAUGGUAUCUGACAAGUUUUAAUAAACAAUAGCAUUUAGUGAAGAUGUUAAAAGUGUUGAAUAUCUCCUUUAAUAUGUUACUUCUUAUCCGAAUACGAGUUCUACUGGUACCAUAGCUAAUCUUUCUUUGGAGGAAAAUUCAGGCUCUUCUCCAAGAUUGUGUGAUGAUGGAUGAUUUCCAGAGGUCGAGGGAGGAAGCUAAGGGGCGGGCGCUGGAAAGGCUUUAUCAUCUAGUUCACUACUUUGGAGGGGCAACGGAUCCAAGGACUGCCUGGUGGGGCCAUUGUCCAGAACAUGGACAAUCGCGAGAUGCAGCCGAGUGGGGUGACACGUAAUAUCUGUUAAAUGAAAUGUUUCUUCCUUUAAACAGCCCGGGACAAAUCUGCAUCCUCGCCCACCCCCGACAAUAAAGUACGACUAAAUUUUUCAUCUUUCUUUGGUACUUUUUGGAUUUUAUAAACGAUUGUUUUGUUUUAGAUUAUUUUCCGAUCCAAGUUUUGUUGUAUUUGUUUUACUUUUUUUGUAGUUGUAAUUAGCAGUAGUAGUGUUUUAUCUAUUACGUCGUUAAAAUACUCUGACAUUUACUGGAAUUUGCUUAAAUAGUGGAUUGCAUUACACAUUCUGUUGACCAAUAGAGGUCGCUAUUUUGUUAAAAUUACCUCGGUGCUGGAGAUCAGCCAAGUUAUUGAGUCUGGCACGUGUUUAAAACGCAAUUUGUGUUGGAGAAAUGUGUUCUACCCCCUACAAGAUCCCCUUUUUGUGAUGUUAAUAAAGAAGUUGGUUCUGAUUUUAUCUGUGCGAUAUUCGACCGAAUCUCAUUAUUAACGAUCUCCCUAUUAAGUUUAUUAGAGGUGUUCUUAACCUGUCGGGGUUUGUAAUUUAUUGGUAAUAAUAAAAAUGCGACAGACGACGGCAGUGCAAAGUCCACCAUGGGGAAGACCUGUAAUACAGCAGCAUUUCAAUUUUUACUGAACUAUCCUAGUUGGUGUGCGCUGUGCUUUUAAAAGGCGGGCGUUCGCUUAGUGUGACAGCUUCUUCUGACUGAAUGGACAAAUGCUAAGCGUGAUUGCGAUUUCUACGACGACGCGAUUGGUUAAAAUGGAAAGGACGCUGUCCAAUGAUAUUGAAAAACGAAACUCUUUCCAAGUUACUGACAGCAGGGUGGCCAUAUUGAAUUGUUGGCGGUUUUUUUGCAACCUCGAUCAAAAAGAAGCAGCAUGGAGGAAAAGCGGGGCACUACCGAAGAUCGGGCAAGUGCUGGAGACGCCUCAGACCAAUCUGCAGAGCGUAGUAGCGCCAGUGAAAGCAAUGCCGCCGAUCCACGAAGGAAUCGACUGAAGCUUUUCAACAAAGUUAUGGAAAAGAGCUUGCAAAGACUGAUAGCUGAUGCCAGUUUUCACAGAUUUGCGAAGACCUUCCACCCAUUUUACAAGCAGAACCCCCAGCUGACAGAGAGCAUACACAGGCAGUUCAUCUCAGAGCUUCAGACUGCCAUCCAGGAUGACAUCGCUCAGAUCAUGGAGGAAGGGAACCUUCAGUGUAAGCUGGCGGAUCUGGACCGUCUGGAGGCAGCAGCCAAGGAGAGCACAGACCCGGCUUGGCGGCCCAGUGGGGUACCAGAGAGGGACCUGUGCAGUUUCGUGAUGCCUUACUACCAGCAACAGCGGCAGUACCUGCGCCGGGAGCUGAAGAAGCUGCAGAAGGAGAACGCCGCCUUGUCACAGAGAGUGCUGGCUGGCCGCGAGCGCAUCUCCCAGUCGGAGCAGCGCAUUGCCGCUGGCGUGGCCGAGUGGAGGGCAUCGUCCAGCAUGCUGGAGGCGUUUGGUUCCCUGUCUCCCUUGCAGAACUUCAAUCACUUAUGAUCACUUAUGAUUUUUGCUGCCAAUUCUAUGGAUUCAUCUGCGGCAUAGAUUUAAACAUGUCAGAAUUAUUCAUCAGCCGUAUUUAUUGCUUCUGUCUACAUGGUUUUACUGUCUGCCAGGGAACUAGCCUUGUAUAAUGUAGGUUUGUGAAGUUUUACAAACUCAAAUGCUUGUUUUGCUUUUAAACGAACCGUUCAUAUUGUAAAAAUGUGUGGUGUGUGUUUUUACGUAUGUGUAAGUCCACAGUGUAGUAGUGUUGUUCCAGAUCCUCCCCCAAUAAAAUCCUGACACUUUGA